UCCUGGGCCUCGGUACUGGCAGGCUCCGGCCUUGAGAGGUUCUCACCUUGGCAGAGUACAAAUCCUCUAUACAUACCCUUGUGCGGAGGCGCCUACCAAAAGCUGAGUAGAUGAGAUCAUUUCAAACUCUUUUUUUGGAAGAGGUGGUCAAAGGAAAUGGAUAACUAUUCAGACUUCAAUACAAAGAACCUCUCAUCUUCAGCUAAUAUGUCUAUUUCUUUGCCUGGACAAGUUGGACUCAACACCACUGGCGGUACUCCUUCUAUGUCAAUAAGCAGGCUUUUCCCAGCCCUGUUAGAAUGCUUUGGAAUAAUUCUUUGUGGCUACAUAGCUGGAAGAGCCAACAUUAUCACAACAACUCAGGCCAAAGGACUGGGAAAUUUUGUGUCCCGUUUUGCACUCCCAGCUCUGCUGUUCAAAAACAUGGUGGUACUUAACUUUUCUAAUGUGAAUUGGUCCUUCCUGUACAGUAUUUUAGUUGCCAAAGCUGCUGUGUUUUUCUUAGUCUGUGUUUUAACAUUGUUGGUAGCCAGUCCUGAGAAUAGAUUUAGCAAAGCAGGUUUGUUCCCUAUUUUUGCUACACAAAGCAAUGACUUUGCACUGGGAUAUCCGAUAGUUGAAGCUUUAUAUCAAACCACUUACCCAGAAUAUCUCCAGUACAUUUACCUAGUGGCUCCAAUAUCUCUUAUGAUGCUAAACCCUCUCGGGUUUAUCUUCUGUGAAAUCCAGAAGUGGAGAGAUAAUCGCACUGUGUCACAGAGCAAAAUCAAAAUAGUGGGCCUAGCACUCCUUCGAGUUUUGCAGAACCCAAUUGUAUUCAUGGUCUUCAUAGGAAUUGCCUCAAACUUUGUUCUUGGCCAGAAAAUUCCCGAAUACCUCGAAAACUUCCUUGACGGACUGGGCAGUUCAUUUUCUGGCUCCGCACUUUUUUACCUUGGACUAACUAUGGUGGGACAAACAAAAAAACUGACAAAGGGUAUGUUUGUUGCACUGAUCCUUCUCAUCACAGCUAAACUACUUAUGAUGCCAUUUCUCUGUAGAGAAAUGGUGGAACUUUUGGACAAGAGUGACAGCAUAGUCAACCACACCAGUUUAUCAAACUAUGCAUUUCUUUAUGGAGUUUUUCCAGCAGCACCUGGUGUCGCAAUAUUUGCAAGUCAAUUUAAUAUGGAAGUAGGAAUUAUUACCUCAGGCAUGGUGAUAAGCACUUUCGUGUCUGCACCUAUUAUGUAUGUUUCUGCGUGGCUGUUGACCAUUCCAUCUAUGGACCCCAACCCACUGGCAUCUGCACUCCAAAAUGUUAGCUUUGACAUAAGUAUUGUCAGCCUCAUUUCUCUGAUCUGGUCUCUUAUUGUUGUUGUUCUCAGUAAGAAAUACAAACAGCUUCCUCAUAUGAUUACAACAAAUUUACUUGUUGCUCAGUUUAUUGCUUGCAUUGGAAUGAUGGUAUGGAAUUUCAUUGUUAAAGAAGAAGACAUCACCAUGCAGAUCCUAGUAUUUAUAUUUCUCUACAGCUCACUUUAUAGCACCUACCUGUGGACAGGUUUUCUAUCUUUCUCUUUGUUUCUGUUGAGGAAGAGAGAAACAGUAAAGAUUCCCAUUGGAUUUAUCAUCAUAGCUGGAUGGGGUGUCCCAACACUUCUGGUGGGAAUCUUACUAAUUGUUGGCGAACGUAACAACACUAGUAUUGACUCUGCCUUUUUCUAUGGAAAAUACCAGAUAAUUACCACAGCAGUGAUCCUGUUCAUCAGUAUAUUGAUGUCAGGUAUCUCACUUAUGUGCAUGAACAGAAAUAGGCAAGAGUCAAGCUAUGAGAUAUUGAACCCAUAUUCACCGCGUAGCCAAGUGGAGGAAGUUGAAGUGGAAGGGAGUGAGGGGAAUCGAGUUUCAGCCACUGUGCCUCAGCCUUCUGCAGAAUCUUCUGCACAGCCUUCUCGAGGAUCUUCUGCACAGCCAUCUACAGAAAGAGGUUGCUGUUCUUGUCAAACAACAAAUGGUGAAUUAUCCUGUGCUAGAGAGAGCAAAGCAGUGUCAAAUGCUGUUGAAAGCAAGGUUCCUCCAAUUGAGACAGCUGAUCAGUGUGUGAGUUGUUGCAGUGCUCAAACCUGCAUAUUGGCUCAGGAAGAACAGCUUCUACAGACUGGAGACAAACAGCUGGCCAGACAUGUGCUGCUGUGCUUACUUCUUGUUGUCGGCCUGUUUGCUAAUCUUUCCAGUUGUUUGUGGUGGCUGUUCAACCAAGAGCCUGGAAGGCUAUAUGUGGAAUUGCAGUUCUUCUGUGCUGUGUUUAAUUUUGGUCAGGGCUUCAUUUCCUUCGGUAUUUUUGGCUUAGAUAAGCAUUUAAUCAUUCUACCAUUCAAGCGAAGACUUGAAUUCCUCUGGGGAGGAAGAGAAGCAGCAGGGCAUACGGAUCCCUCUGUACCUGAGGAAAUCAGGAUGACCUGUCAACAGUUUGUUCGUUAUCAUAGAGAUCACUGUGUCAAAAGCAUUGUCAGAGGCAGAAGGUGUGGUGCAAAGAUCUCCACUGGCAUCUUCUUUGGCUGUGACCUGGUGAACUGGCUCAUGCAAGUUGGCCUUGCCUCUGACCGUGGUGAAGCUGUGAUGUAUGGUGACAGACUGAUGAAAGGAGGUGUCGUCCAGCAUAUUACGAAUGAAUUUGAAUUUCGGGAUGAAUAUUUGUAUUACCGCUUUAUUCCUAAGAGAUCAGUUGCAGCUGAGAGCCAUUGACCUGAGCAUGUAGGCAGAGGACGGGCAGUUAGGGGUGAACGUGACCAUCUCCUCUGCCUUCACCACUGAAAUUGCAAGAUUUUCUUUCUCAGGGCUCUCAGAGAAUUGUGUUAUUCUCACUUGUAAAGUUAAGAGAUGUGGUUCUACUUGUGUCUAUUCUGAAGGAAAUGGUAGCAAGUGAUAUUUAGUGAGCAUUCCAACCGGAAUGUAACUAGAACAAAACAAGAUGCUCUGGAUUUAGAGCAUUUUUUCCAUUUUGAGCAAAACAAGUAGUAAAAUUAUAUGUGUUGCUGUCAUAUUAUAGAGGCAUUAUAACAGCAGCUUUAGUGGCUGGUGCCACAAAAAAACCCAGCUAACCAAAACAUGAGUGAGAGGUAUUUUUCAUGUUGCUGUAUGUUUUCCAUAUUUUAAUGUGAUGAAAUAUUGAUUCCUGUUUAUGGUCAGGCUUCCCCUUGACUUCAUAGAAGUAGGAUUUCUUCUGUCAUACCCCAGUUUUUACUACUCUACUCUUGUCUAACACCAGGAACUUUUUUUAGCUGUUUACACCUCAGAUCAGGUGGUUUGUUUCUCCCUCAAAGAUAAAAUCCUCGAUUUGUAAAAGUAGAAUUGUUGUGAAGAUGAUUCCGAUGUCAGAGUAUUAAAGUUGAGGAAAUAUUGAGUGGAAUAAAUAAUGGUUUUGUACAAACUUACCAAAUCUUAAAAACAUAAAAAUACCCACCGCUUCCCCAAAUUAGGAAAUGAUAUAAUGGAAUUUCAUAUAAACAAUUGGUUCUGAAGUUUUGCCUUAUGGUGGCAGUAACAGCUUUGUCAAGAGUAGGUUUUUACCUUCUGAAAUUAGCCUUUCCAGUUUAAUUCAGAAGUGCCAGCCUCAAAUAAAGAUGUUAUGGAAGCCUUGGAUACCUGUGCAAGUCAAGAUGAAAAAUUUUAUCAAAUCAUAAAACCUUUUAAAUGAAAUACAAUUACUUUUAAAUCUGUUAUAUAAAGAAACCUAACUGAACAUCCAAGUUAGGGUUUAGAGUAGCUAAAGAUCCUAAAAUUUUAGUAUUGGUUGCCUAACACAGGUUUCUAAUAAGCCUCAGGUAUCCCCCUACGAUGUUUAGUUACUCUAGUGUCAUUCAGAUUCCUGUGCACUGAAGGCAGAAUCUGAGAAUCUGUGUGUCUUCUGCAGUAUUUUGAAAAGGUUAAAGACCAACUGUAGUAUCUGAUAGCUAUUAUGCUGCCCUUUUAAAAAUGCAAAAACAGCAUUUAUAUGUCUAUAUAAAAAAUUUAUAUAGUGAGGGAAAGGAACCCAGAUAUUAAAAAAAAAGUUAUUUGCUCAAGCAUAUGAAUAACUCUUCUCAUCCUUUUUUUUUUUUUGAAGUCUUUCACUUCUUUUUUCCUUUUUUUUUUAGUACACAGGUUUUUUUAAUAGCUACUUAUGCAUCUACUUUGUAUUAAGAAUUAAAAGUGAUUUUAGCAGCAUAAACUACUGUUCAAGAAACAGUUGUUUUAUGGUAGCUAUAACUCCAUGCAAGACUUAUAUUGGAAAAAUAAUUCCUUUUACUGUCAGUCUUAUUGCACAUCUGCAGCAUGCACAGAAACAUAACUGCAUCCUACUGCAUAUGUAUGCUAUACAAACUGACAUAUUUUAAUGUUUUCCAGCAACAAAAUAAUUGACAUUUGUAUCAGGCUGUGGCCACAAAGGAAAACCAUAGCGUAUUUCCAUUACAACUGCUGAAGACGGCUACGUCAAAUAUUUUGGAAUAAUUAGAUACAUGUGACUUAAGAGCAGAAGCCGUGAGUAUGUCUGGCUUCUAAAUACUGUAACUUGUCAAUAAAUCAGUUACUUGAUUUC